ACAGAAAAGGUCGGUGUGUUGCUUUCAGUCAGUGUCGCUGCCAUUAAAACGCGAUAUAAUGCCAAAAAACGACUUUUUAGCUUCUUCUACUGACUCGAUGCUGAUGGAUGAACUAAAGAGGAUUAAGUGUGUGUGAGACAUUGUUCUUACCCGCAUCACUGAAAGGACUAAAAGAGGAGAGACAUCGUUCACAUGUAGAAAGUGAACGCAACGACCUUAAUACUACUCCUGCUGUGUGUUUUGGCUUGUUUUAGACGUUUAUCGACCAUGUCUCAGGCUGUCCCCCCGCUCCUCUCCGUCCUCCCCACUCGUGCUCUGGUCGACGAGAAGAUCAAGGUGCUGGUGGAGAACCUGCCGGCCGGAUCUCCGGUAACCCUUCACUCCCUCCAUCACUCCGAGGACAAAGACUACUGGGAGGCCUACGCUCACUACGUCAGUGACCACAGAGGAACAGUGUCCGUUGCAGAGGAUUUGAGUUAUGGAGGGACGUACGCAGGAAUCGAACCCAUGGGUUUGUUGUGGAGCAUGCGUCCCGUCCCAGGCAGCCGGAAAGGCCUCAGGUUGAGAAAGAUGGACGUCCGCAGCCCGAUGCCCGUCAACAUCUCGGUUUACAGUGGACACAUAGCCGAGGGCUUCAGAGAAAAGCCUCCUCUGGCGUCGGUGCUCACUGAGAGAUGGUACAUGGCUCCGGGGGUCCGGAGGGUCGAUAUCAAGGAGAAAGGAGUUCGAGGGACUUUGUUUAUACCUCCAGGUCCAGGACCCUUCCCAGGUCUGAUGGAUAUGUGGGGAGGCGGUGGAGGUCUGCUGGAGUAUCGUUCGGCCUUGCUGGCGUCCCAUGGUUUUGUGUCUUUAGCGCUGGAGUAUUUCUCCCCCGGUGAGCUGCAGACAGCAGAUCUACAGUUCAGAUAUUUUGAGACUGCGUUUGAUAUUGUCAAGGAUCAUCCUCAAGUGAUUCCAGACAGAGUAGGGAUUUUCGGUCUUUCCCUCGGCUCGAUUAUUGCCUUGAAAUUGGCAGCUGAAAGCACCCUCGUCAAGCCUCGUUGUUGUGUUUGCGUCAGCGGCAACCACUUCUUUCCAACUGGAGCGACCAUCAACGCCAUCAGUGACCUGAUGGUAAAGAAUGCUCACAAGACGCGUAUAGACGAGAACGACCAUCACAUAUGGCGAGAUAUGUGUCUACCGAUUAGCAGUGACAUGUCAGAGAAAGUGGACGCGAGACAAAUAAACUGUCCAAUGUUGCUGGUCAACGGUCUCGAUGAUCAGAACACGGCCGCCGUGGAAGCUGCUGACGAUAUCGCCCUGAUGAUGCACGAAGCAGGUAAAGACCACCUGCUGACCAGACUGCAUUACCCUGACACUGGACAUCUGAUCGAGCCGCCGUACUCCCCUCACUUCAGAGCUACGAAGUUCAUCGUGAGCAGCACAAAAGCCAAAGUGAUUUUACUUUGGGGAGGACAAACCAAACCCCAUUCAGAUGCUCAGGAGGACUCCUGGAGGAAGAUCUUGACUUUUCUACAGCAGCAUCUUUACUCCAGUUUAAGUGCCAAAGCCAAGCUGUGAAUCAUUACAUAAGUUCAGACAGACCUGGCAAUCACUGCUGGAAAAUACAGCGUUAUUAUAUAAAUGUACUGUAUGUAUAAUAUAGUUUAUUAUAUGGUAUUAGGUACUCUCUGUAUUAAUCAUGUGCCUUUUGAUGUGAUUGAAUGAACAGAUUAGGAUGUUUUUUAGGGUCAUAUUGUGCCUCUAUUUCCUUAUUUAUGUGUCCACAAAGUCAGAAUUAUGAAUGAGACAGACUGGAUAAGUAUUAUUUUAAGGGUUGUAACUGAUCUGUCAAGUAUUUUCUCAGUUAAUCGAGUAGUCGUUGGGCAAAUGGUGAAAAAUGGUGAAAAAUGACCAAUCCCUUUUAUUCCACAAAGCCCAACGUGCAACCUGAAAUAUCCAAACCAACAGUCCAUAACCCAAAUAUAUUCAGUUUAUUGUCAUUAAGGGCUAAGAAACAAGACAAUAUCAAUGUUUAAGAAGCUAGAAUAAGAGAAUUUUGGCGUUAUUCGUUAUAAAAAAAUGUAUUAAUCAAGUAAUAGACUAGAAUUAUAGCUAUUAUAGUGAUUUCAGUUUGACAUAGCCUCUUGUUAGAUAUCUUAACCAAUCAUUAGUGAUGAAUAUUAAGCUGCUCUGAUGUAAUUUCCAGGUGUGUUAAUUGGUGUAUAAUACAUAUCAAUUGUUAAAAGUUCUCCACUUCUUGUUCCCUCAAUUUAUAACGAGAGGAAAGAAGCAGAUGCCAUUUUUAGGAUUUUAUUUUUCUUUAUUAGAGAUACUCAGGGAUUUUGAUUAAAAGAAAAUGUAAAUGUAUGAAAAGUAUGGUUGGUGCAUGUUUGGUAUUAAUAUUAAAGGUGCAGUGUGUAGAAUUGGGUCGCAUCUAUUGGAACAGACUUUGCAAAAAAUGGAAUAUAAUAUUAAUAUAUAUGUUUUAAAGAGUGAAAGGGGUAUUCAGUUGGGUGCAAUAUACAAUCUCACCACUAGAUGGCACUAAAUCCUACACUAGUCCUUUUUUAGAAACUUAAUAACACAGAGUAUGGGAGCAAAUUUUUUGAUGAAUUAACAUGUUUGUCUGUAAAAUGCAUUGAUUUUUAAAAUAAAAACAUUGUA